AUGUUCGCGGACUUGAAGGCGGCAUUUGAUAAAGUAGAUAGAGAGACAAUGUGGAGUAUCAUAAGAAGAAAAGGAAUAAAGGAGCAGCUGGUGAGGAGAAUAGCAAAAAUGUACGAGGGAACGGAAGUCAUGGUGAGGACGGAACAAGGAUACACGGAAAGUUUUAUCACAGGAAAAGGAUUGAGGCAAGGCUGUGUAAUGAGUCCAUUCCUGUUUAAUUUAUAUAUAGCGGAAUUGGGGGAAAAAAUGGAAGGUAGGAACAUAGGUGGGGUAGCAAUAGGUAGACUUAGGAUAUGGAGCUUAGCGUAUGCGGACGACAUAGUUUUGAUAGCGAAUAAUAGGGAUGCGAUGUUGGAUAUGAUAGGUACGUUUAAACGUUUUUUAACGGAAAGGAAACUGGAGUUAUGCCCAGAAAAAAAAAUGCUGGUAGUGAAUAGGAAAAGAAAAGAAGGAACCGAGAAAUGGAAAUGGGGAGAGAAGAUGAUAGAGGAGAUAAAAAGUUUUAAAUACUUGGGUUAUGUGUUGAAUGGGAAUGGAAAUAGUAAGGAACAUGUUAAAAAAUUAUGCGGUAAAGGAAAAAUAGUUGCGAGAAAGGUCUGGGGUUUAGGUGAAAGGAUAUAUAGAAAUGACUUUAAAAGAAGGUGGAUACUAUUCAAGUACUUAGUGCAAAGUGUAAUGUCAUAUGGAGUAGAAUUGUGGGGAUGGGAAGAGAAGGAUAAUUUAGAAAAGGUGAUGAUGGAUUAUGUAAGAUGGAUUUUUGGCUUGGAAUUCUGUACACCAAGGUACAUUAUAACGAGGGAACUAGUGAUGGAUAAACUAAGAGUAGGCUGGGGGAUCAGAGCUAGGAGGUAUGAGAAUAGAAUCAAAGAGGGUAGAGCAGGGGAUAUAGGGAAAGAAUGCUGGAGGGAGAAAGAACAAUACGAUUGGAAGGACGAAUACGGCAAAGAAAGGGAGAGGUAUUAUAAUAGGAACGGAUGGGGAAUAGAAGCUAGGGAGGUAAGGGAGAUUGGAGAAUAUGAUUUAGAAGCAGAAUUGAUAAAAAGAGAGAGGGAGGUGCAGAGACAAUGGGAAAACGGAAGGAUAGAUAAAGCAAGAUAUAAUAAGAGGUACAGGGAAAUUGACUUAAAAGGUAGAAUGCCUAGGUAUUUAGAGGUAAGGAAUAUUGCAAAUUCAAGCAGGGGUAAUGAGGUGAGAGCGAUGAUAAAACUAAGGUGUGGAAACUUAGAGCAGGCGAAUAAAUAUUGGAUGUUCGAGGGACAAUGGGCGUGUUUAUUCUGUGGUAAAGGUAGCGAUAGUAUGGACCAUUAUGUGAAAGAAUGCGAGGAAAGUAGGGAAUGA